AUGGUAACACAGCUGGUGGAAAAACUUUAUCUAUUGGCAACUUUUUUUGGAACGAAGUUCUUUAUCGGACGGUACGAAUUUGGCGAAUGGGGGCUAGGCGAGAAAAACUGUUUUGAGGCUAUAUUUUACCCUGAAAAUGGGGAGAUUAAUUUUGUUUUAUUUGUAGAAGCGAAAAAUCACACCAGAGCACUUGGAGAUUGGAUUGGCAGCUAUGAGAAGUUUGCUCUUCAGGAAUCAGAUCAAACUUCGAACAGACCUUCUGAGUCGGUUGAAUUUAGUAAAGUAAAAGAGUUUCCUAAAGUGCGAAAGAAAAAAGUGAAAAAAUUCAAAAAGAAACUAGGUAAGAAGAGAUUAGAGAAGAAAGAGAAGGACAAAUGGUUACUGGUAAAGAAAAAGAGAUUCCCUAAAAGCAAGAAAAAGAACACGAAAAGAAAAAGAAAUAAAACUGUUAAAAAGUUUGUGAAGACUGUUAGCGAUAGAAGUAACGACUCCAAUAUGUCCGCCACCAACGAGAUUGACAUGGAUGAUGAUACUCCAGUUGAUAUUAUUGUCCAUAUUAAAAUGACUGAUUAA